AUGAUCUUUUAUUCUUCUUUUACUUCUGAUGUGAACAAAAGUACGGUGGACUUCAAAGUCAUCCUCGACGGCACUCGACACGCCGUCUCCGCUUCAGUGAACGAACAACUCUCGAAAGUCCUCGCGAAACACCGAGACGUGAUGCACGCGGUACCGAUAAUAUCACCGAUGUUAGGACACGACGCGCACGUGAUCGUCCCGGAAGAGGUGAGGAAAGAGUUAGAGGAGUUAACCGGAGAGGAGAUGGACAAGAUCGAAGAGCUGUGCAGCGAGCCUUUAGACGGAGGGAGGUCGAGAUUGGCGAGUCAGCUGAGGGUGAGCGAGUCGUUCGCGGGGAUGACGUUCGCGGUGAAAGGGAUGAAUAGGAUCAUGAGGACCUAA